AAUCUCAAAAUCUUGUAUAUAUAUCUUAACAUAUACACACAGAUUCUAUAUCUCCUCUAAGAAGCUUUAUUCAUUCAUUGAUACACACCUUAAGACUUAAGUAACGUAACCAUGGAGUCCAAGAGUUUCUUGUUGGGAUCUUCUUCUUCUUCUCUUCCUUUGUUUGCUCUGUUCAACUUGUUCCUCAUAAGUUUCUGCAGAUGGGUUUCUUCUACACGCAUCAGUUUAUCUAGAUUCUUCCCUCUUCUUCAACAUCAUCAUCAAAGUAGUAUCGACAAAGAGAACAAUAAACACCAACAACAAGAGAGUUUGAUGAUCAAACAAGAAGAUGAUGAUCUAUGUAAAGAAGAUGCAGAGAUGGUUAUGAGAAGUUUAGGGCUUUUCUCUAAUAAUGAUGGUGAGCUUCAAGAACGGUACAGUGUUACGCAAGUUUCGAGUUUGUUCGAAGAGAAAGAAGCGAGUUUGGAUGAAGUGAAGCAAGCUUUUGAUGUGUUUGAUGAAAACAGAGAUGGGUUCAUUGAUGCAACAGAGUUGCAAAGGGUUUUGAGAAUCUUAGGGUUUAAAGAAGAGUCUUACUUAGACAAGUGUUUUGUAAUGAUUAGGUCAUUAGAUGGUAACAAAGAUGGAAGAAUCGAUUUUAAUGGGUUUGUUAAACUCAUGGAGACUAGUUUCUAUUGAAUUCAUGAUUCAAUAAUUACAUUUAUUCUUUUAUUA